AUGGAAGCUGUGGGCGUGAUUGAAAAGAUCGAAGAACCGACUGAGUGGGUUAACUCAUUUGUGCCAGUUACCAAGCCAAAUGGAAACUUACGUGUUUGCUUAGACCCAAGAAACUUGAACAAAUCAAUAAAACGUGAUCAUUUCAAGUUACCUACACGAGACGAAGUUACAGCUCAAUUUGCAAAUGCCAAGGUAUUUACUAAACUAGAUGCCUCAAAUGGGUUUUGGCAAAUGAAGCUUGAAGACGAAAGUACUAAUUUAUGUACUUUCAAUACCCCUUUUGGGAGAUACAAAUACUUACGACUCCCAUUUGGAAUCUCCAGUGCCCCCGAGAUUUAUCAUAGAACCAUUAACUCUUUGUUUAGUCAUUUAGAAGGCGUAGAUACUUCUAUGGAUGACAUCAUCAUUUAUCGAUCAACCCCACAAGAACAUGAUCAAAGAUUGGAAGCAACAAUGAAAGUUGUGAAAGAA